AUGCAAACUAUUACUGCCUUAUCAAUUAGUGGAGUUUACAUUAUCGGCCAAAAACUAUCAAAGCAAGUUUUUAACGUGAUCCAUACCUCUAGAACAAUUUCGGCGAUUAUGGCAGACCGAAAAAUUGCUUCUAUGCAAAAAUGUGUUGUGGAAGUCCCAACGGCCGUUCGUGGAAUGCAGGAUUUACGGAAGGAAGCGUUCACAACAAAUAUCACACUGCUCGCGUUGAGGGUUGAUGCUUCAAACUUGUCCACAAUACAGAGAAAAGUUAGGUUGGAGAAGUAUCUUUUCAAGAAUCUUGGACGGAUCAAGAACAUUAUGAAUGCGGAUGACUCAAAGCAUAAGCUACUACUAUUCGAUCCUAAUACGUUGCAUGAAAAUUGUGUGGAAUUGAAAUCGUUGAAGUCUCAUAUUGAAUCAUUGAUCAAAGAGCAUACUGGAGAAAUCAUGUUGCAGUGGAGACCUAUCACUUUAACAGUUGCCUUUGAAGAUUGGGAUAUUAGAAGCAUAAUAAAGGCAGUUCUUCCAAGCGAUCUAGAUUUUAGCAGCUACAGUCAAACUGGUCAUAUCGUCCAUGUAAAUUUGCGCGAGAACCUCCUUCCAUACAAAAGGAUCAUUGGUCAAAUUUUGCUAGAAAAAGUCUCAAGGUGUAGAACUGUGGUCAACAAAGUUGAUGAAAUCAAAAGCGAAUAUAGGAAUUUCGAGCUGGACCUUUUAGCUGGUGUCGACGAUUAUGUUACAGAAACUCUCGAAGCAGGUGUUAGAUAUCGGCUCGAUUUUUCGAAGGUGUUUUGGAAUUCACGCCUCAGCCACGAACAUGAACGAGUGGUGAAGUUGUUCGAUCGUCGUUCUCUAGUCUAUGAUGCUUGCGCUGGUGUGGGUCCAUUUGUCUUGCCAGCAUUAAAAAAAGGGCAUGCUUCACACGCUUUGGCAAACGAUCUCAAUCCGGAAAGUGUGCGAUGGUUGAAAGAAAAUGCCAUUUUGAAUAAGAUACCUUCGGGAAAGUUAGAAAUUUACAACUCAGAUGCCAUCGAAUUCAUUCGCGGUCCAUUUGCAGAAGAUUUAAGUAGAGAAAUCGGUGCAUUGGCCAACUUUGCCACAGCGUAA